AUGAACGAGCUAUCUGCGGAGGAGCUCAAGUAUCAGCGUGAGCUACGCACACUCGUUGACGGUGUUAUACCUGUGCUGCUGCAACAUUCUCUUUCCGAUACGGGCUCAACGUCCAAAUCUCGUGUUUCCAGCCGACCAUCGAGCGAUGAAGUGAUGCGGCCAAUUGUGGAGAUGGGAGUGGCGCUUGAAAAACUGAAGACCAUGCACAGGAAGAUCCCUCUGCAUGAGCCAGGUGAACUCCUGCUUUGGGCAGACAAUGCUGCAAAAGUCUACGCGGAUUAUCUCAGAGUCUGGCGCCUUGGCUUCCAGGACAUCGUUGUGAACCUAGCGCCUGCUGAAGCCUCCAAAUCAAAAGACUCACGGAGCUGGGACCAUGAUUUGCCUCGAAAUACAGAUGGCGAUCUGUACCUAGCAAGGACGUUCAAGAAUAUCAACAGUCUGAAGCCAUCUGCGAAUGCUGAAGACAUGACAGCCAAAUACCACGACCUUAUCGCCGACGCCAAGAAGCGAGUCAAUGAUGAACAAGCUCGUCUGGAGGAUGAGGCCGCUGCGAGCAUUGAUGCUACCAGAGCUCGAGAUCCUCGCAGUUUGGCGCCGAUUACUGGAGUCAGCAUCGAUCCAACCAGGUCUGUCCGAGCACGGGACUAUUUUGAUAUGGACCUCGUGCACUCUAGUGGGCAGCAACUAGGAUGCAAGAUUGAAAUCAUAUUCCGAGAUGAUGCUCCGAAUCGCGGUAAGGCUGGAGAUGUUCUGUUCUGCGAGAUUUCGGUCUCAGGGAGAUGGCUUCUUUUCCCGCCAAUUCCCUGGAGUUUGGUCUCCGCACGCGCAGGCGAAAGACCUGGCGAGCUUGUGGUCAUGAUUCGUGGCUUUUUAUCAAAUGCCCGGCAAUGGCGGGAAGUCAUGUCGCUCAGAGCUGAGACCGAAGACACAAGCUCGGACUGGUUGAAAAUGUUGGGAUCGGCACCGAUGCCUCCCAGGCUGAACAGAAGGUCAAGCUUCAAUAUGUUCAAGCAGCACAGUGUUCCUGCACCGGCGUUGGAGGAGCCGAAAGCUGUAACAGUUGAUAACCGUGACACUCCUGACAAGAGCAGGGAUCCCUCGCCGAGGGAAAUCGAAGUACCCAUUGGUGAGCAGUACAGCGUAUGGAUGCCUUCUUCAGACCGUGCUACUUCACGGUACUCUGAUGAAGAGACGAUCGACGAAAAUGACCCACCUCGAUAUUCGACAGCACGUCCAGGAAUGCAUCGACGCACCUCUUCGGUACCGUCUAUGGACAUGCCGACAAUACCUAAAGUUCGGCAGCCAACUCGACCUGAGAGUCCUUCAUCAGACCGCGACGGUCUGCCGUCACAAAAGAGAGCCGCGGCAGAAGCAGAGAAACGACUCCCACCUGACCCUGCCUCUACAUCGUCUGAGCUACAGAAACGAACCUCGCUAGGACGAAGAGAGCCUAACGAAAGGCCACCAGCUCCGCCGGCCCAUGGAAAAAAGCCACCUGGAAAGACUGUAGCGUCCAUCUGCGCAUGGUCGGAGCGUGGAAGCUGGGACAGUCUGCAUCCCGAGGAGUGUCAGAUUUUCAUCACACCGGGCCUCAUCGAAGCUUUCGACCUAGUACAAGCCAACUCCGUACAAUUGGACGAUCAACAUACAACCCCGUCUGCCAAAGGAAUCAAACCACUAGUAGCACUUGAGCUCACGCCGCUUGUUCCACUGCGCCGCGGGACCGCUGUGGACAUCUCAAUCAGGUCUCCGCCCUCUUCCAACUCUCUGCUCAAAUCUAGUAGCAACAUCUUGUUCCGUUCACGAAGUCCAGAAGACUGCGAGAGGCUAUAUGCUUUGAUCAACAGAGCACGUAUCGAUAACCCUACGUACAUAGCUCUACAGAACGCUCGCGGACCGGUGCAACAAAGCAACUGGGGCGAGAUAAUGGACCAGCGACCGAACCCCAUGGACAAGCGCAGGUCAUGGUGGAAUCUUGGUUCACGGAAGAGCAGCACGUAUCGAUCUCAAGGUAGCAGGGCACAGUCUACUGCAGCGACUGAAUCCUCGGUCGGCACAGUCGGAACAGCAUUCUCAGCACUCCGGAGAUUCAGCAGCGGCAGCAAGAUCUUCAACAUCGGCAACAGUACUAUCACCUCUCGGGAUGGCACAAGGAGCACCAACAGCGGGUCGUUAUCAUCUGGCACUGCAACUCCGAUCCAAUUUGACCCUUCUGUAGGUACGCCGCUUGGAAUCAACAAUGCAAAAGUUCGUAUGUACAUGCGCGAAUCUGCAGGGAGGUGGCGCGACAUGGGUGCUGCUCGACUGACUGUCCUGCUGCCACCACGACAAGAUCCCACAAUUGCUGCAAAUCCAAGGGUGACGGGACUGGAAAAGCGAGUGAUCGUCUCCGGGAAGAGCAAAGGCGAAACGAUGCUCGAUGUCACGCUUGGAGAGAGCGCGUUCGAACGUGUCGCCAGGACGGGCAUUGCCGUCAGCGUAUACGAGGAAAGUCCUCACGUGGGUGCCAUUGGCAGUGUGCUUCCGCAUCAGACGACGGUGUACAUGAUACAGCUGAAAUCGGUAAGUGCGAGACAUGAUCUGACUUUCGAAGCCACUGCUGACAAGUUUCUAGGAGCGCGAGGCUGCAUACACUUUCGGGUUGGUUGGCAAGCUGCGUUAUUAAUCUUGUACAGAAGCAUCGAGCACAGCGUCUGCUUCAAGCAUUCGACGACAUUUAGCAAGGCGUUGGGGUGA